UACCAGGCUGCUGGGAAAUCAUUCCGGUUUGCCUCAGCGUUCCAAAAAGUCAUAACCAAAAUGAAUUCUUCAACUGCUCUUAUGUGCUUUGCACUGCUGCUGAUUAGUCCUCUAUGCAUGGGCUAUUCCGACGAAGAUCGUGAAGCUGACAGCCGUAGAAUUGCUGAAAUUAUCCAAAACGCCCAGGACGAUGACUCCAAAAUCAACAGCACCCAGGAACUACUCGACAUCUAUAGGCGUUUAUAUCCCAGUUUGAGUCUUGAGGAUCGGGAGAAUAUCGAUAAGUUCGUCAACGAGCAUACGGAUGCCAUUGUAAUCGAUGGAGUUCCGAUUCAGGGAGGUCGAAAGGCGAAGAUCAUUGGAAAGAUUGUAUCUCCAGCUGCGAAGGGUCUUGCAGUUGGAUUCUUUGAGGAACUGGGUUCCAAGAUUGCUCAAUUAUUCACUGGUUAAUAUUGAUUUAUUAUUUGUGUGAAAGAAAGAAAAUAGCAACAAGACAUAUAAGAAAGCCAAUUAAAUAUUGACAUCUAA